CUGCUGCUCGUUGUCCUCGCUCCCUCUCGAGCGCGCCGGCAGAGCUGGGAUGAGCCGCAGGCCCCGCGCGCCGCCUACAGCCCCCAGAGUGCACCGCGCGCCUCGAGCGCGGCCCCGGCGCCUCACACAUGCGCAUCGUGCUGUAUGGCUCCAAGAUGGCCGACGCGGCGCCCGGCGGUUCCGGCACGAGGUCGGGCAGCAAGCACACGACCACGCCGGCGGAUAACUACUACCUGGCCCGAAGGAGGACUCUGCAGGUGGUGGUCAGCUCCUUGCUCACUGAAGCUGGCUUUGAGAGUGCUGAAAAGGCUGCGGUGGAAACACUGACAGAGAUGUUACAGAGCUAUAUUUCUGAAAUUGGAAGGAGUGCAAAGUCCUACUGUGAGCAUACAGCCAGAACACAGCCUACACUCUCUGAUAUAGUGGUUACUUUAGUGGAAAUGGGGUUCAAUGUUGAAACGCUUCCCGCAUACGCAAAGCGCUCCCAGAGGAUGGUCAUCACUGCCCCUCCUGUGACAAAUCAGCCUGUGACUCCCAAAGCCCUGACAGCUGGGCAGAACAAGCCACAUCCAUCCCACAUCCCUGGCUAUUUUCCUGAGUUUCCAGAUCCUCAUACCUACAUCAAGACACCAACAUACCGAGAGCCAGUGUCUGAUUACCAAGUGCUGCGGGAAAAGGCAGCGUCUCAGCGGCGCGACGUGGAAAGAGCUCUCACCCGCUUCAUGGCUAAGACAGGAGAAACGCAGAGUCUCUUCAAAGAUGACGUUAGCACAUUCCCAUUGAUUGCUGCCAGGCCUUUCACUGUACCCUACUUGACAGCUCUUCUCCCCUCUGAGCUGGAAAUGCAGCAAAUGGAAGAAACAGAUUCAUCUGAGCAAGACGACCAGACAGACACAGAGAACCUCCCCUUGCAUAUGAGCACGGAUGAUUCCGGACCUGAAAAAGAGAAUGCUUCAGUAUUACAGCAGAACACCUCCUUGUCUGGCAGCCGGAAUGGGGAGGAGAAUAUGAUAGACAACCCUUACCUCCGGCCAGUGAAAAAGCCCAAGAUCCGCAGAAAGAAAUGAAGUGUGGUCAGCUGGCUGCUAGAAGAAAGAGGAGCCCAUUUCUCUGGCUGUUAUGAGUUGUCACCUCUGCUGCUGUGGGUAGGAGGCAUGGAGCACAGGAGGGGCAGUCUGACCGAGUGACAGAAGCAGAGGAAUGAUCUGCCUAACAAACUACACUGUCAUCACUGUUUGCACUGCUCCCUCUUUCUCCUCUGCUUUCCUCCUAACUGGGAUUCCUAAGUGGUCAAUUGCCUUAAAAGUGGUGAAAACCACUGAGUUACAGAUGGGAAUUGUCUCAUUUGGUUUCUUCUGACUGUUGGGGAGAUUUACUCUUUAAAGAGGCGUGGGAUGCAAAGAUUCUUGCUGCUCUACAGAACACAAAGACAUAAUUUGUUUUUGGCUGCCUUACAAGCUAGGAAAGAAACUUCUGCAGUGAACCUUGUUUAGCUUUAUAAUCUGUGAAGCAUGUAUUUAGAGAGAGAAAAAUCCCACAGAGGUUUCUUUCUUUUGGUUGUUGGCAGGUAAAAGCAAACACGUUUAUUGAAGAAUGAAGUGUAAAUGAAAGCUAAGAUGGCAUUUAUUCUCAGCUUUUCUGACUGCAGCUGCACUUCCAACUUAAAAGUGCUGAGUGUGGUGUUUACCCUACUCUGCUUUGAGAUUAUUUGCUAGCAGUACCAAUGGCAGAUUCAGCAGCUGCCUCAGGCUCUUUUUGAGUUCUGUUGUUAGUUUCAGCACAGCACAAGUCCUUUGAGAGUUCAUGCCUUCACCAGCUGUUUUGAAAGAUUCUUGCUGCAAAGCUUGGAGUAUGGAAUAAAGCUGUAUUGAUUACAGUCUGCAGGGCUGUGCUAUCGAUCACGCUUUUUAAUUUUGUCUUUGUUCAGUAUGGGCUCUUAUCAACAGAAGUUGCUCUUUUUUCUUUUCUUUCUUUUUUUUUUUGUUGUUGCUAUUGUUGUUCCCUUUUUUCCUUAGAGAAGGACCUUUAUUUCAGCUCUGAAAAUGACUGCUGGUGGGAUUGCUGUAAUUGUUAUCCAAUUAUGGAGGCCUUUCCUUUACUUUUCAUUUAGUCUUUACUUAGGGAAAAUAUGCACAGAAUUCCUGUAACAAAGUACUCCUAAGUACUUGUUUGGUACAGUCUCCCAAGCAUGAUAUUAAUACCUGAAUUCUGUAGUUCAUACUACAUCAGCUUUUUCCCAUUCAUGCAGGUAAGUUCUGAAGGGAAAGUUGCUUUUAAGCAGUAGUCAAAACUGCACCUCUUUUAGAUGAGAAUUUGGUGCUGCGAGGCAAAGCCUGCCUGCUUCAGACUGCCAACUUACUGCUCCCAGAGCAGUGCCUGGUGCACAGUCAGUUGCAGUCAGAGGGAACAGAGUUACGUGUGGUUUGUUCUCUUCUGUUAGUGAAGGUACCCCUCUGUCCCCAUCACCCAGAGAGGAGGAAGAAGAGGAAUUAUUUCAGCAAGAUUGGAAGUAUUCCUGACAAACUAUUUGAAAUCGCAUCUUUAGCAAAAAAAAGUCCUGCAUGUGCCAUUGCCACUUUUGCUGGUGCCUUGGUUGUACAGAAAAUCAAAUGUACAGACAUUAUGUGUAUAUAUAUAUGUAUAUAAAAAAAUAUAUCUUUUUUUUUUUUUUUUUUCUACCUUGGAUUAGAUGUUUUUCAUAAUGAAAAUAUCUCUUUCUGAAUAGGGGAAAAUCUGGAAUGAAAAUAUGUUCAUAAUAAAAGAGAUUUUAUCUUCUACAA